GACUCCGUACGGAAUUCGAUACUCCAAAGAAGAGGGGGCGCCAUUUCGAUCUCAGAAAGCGAUACCCAUUUUGCUUUUGUUCCCUCUCUCUUUCACUCUCAUCAGAGGUCAUCUAGGUGCGGAUUGCUUGUGUCUUGAAUAGAAUGCCAGGAGAAGAAGUAUUAGUUGAAGAAGAUGAGAGGGGUAGAAGUUUGGAGCCUGAAACAUCUGAGGAUGAGUGGCGGAAGUCUCAAGCCAGAUCUAUUAGGAGGAAAGGAAUGACUGCUUCAACGAAACUCACUUAUAGUCUCAGGAAGCGAAGUAAGCGUGUAGCCGAUUAUCAAUUUGCUUCAAUUUUCAUAGAAGAUGUCCGUGAUGCCAAUGAGGAAGAAGCUGUGAAUUCUUUUCGUCUGACAUUACUUACUAGAGAUCUGCUUCCAGAUUCCUAUGAUGAUUAUCACACAAUGUUGAGGUUUCUGAAGGCCAGAAAGUUUGACAUUGAUAAAACAGUCCAGAUGUGGACAGAUAUGCUCCAUUGGAGGAAGGAGUUUGGAGUAGAUUCUAUUUAUCAGGAAUUCAUAUAUGAUGAGUAUGAAGAGGUUCAGCGUUAUUAUCCUCAUGGUUACCAUGGUGUGGACAAAGAGGGGCGACCAGUUUAUAUUGAAAGACUCGGCAAAGUUGAACCGACCAAGUUGAUGAGUGUCACCACAGUAGAUCGGUUUUUAAAAUAUCAUGUUCAGGGAUUUGAGAAAAUGUUCAAAGAGAAAUUCCCAGCAUGUUCUAUUGCAGCAAAGCGGCACAUAGACAGAACAACAACAAUAUUGGAUGUGCAUGGCGUGAAUUGGGUGAGCUUUAGCAAAAUUGCACAUGAUCUUGUUAUGCGCAUGCAAAAAAUGGAUGGUGAUAACUACCCUGAGACAUUAAACCAGAUGUUCAUUAUUAAUGCUGGUAGUGGGUUCAAGCUACUAUGGAGUACAGCAAAAGGUUUUCUUGAUCCAAGGACCACAGCCAAAAUACAGGUUUUAGGCAACAAGUACCAGAGCAGAUUGUUAGAGGUUAUAGACUCAAGUCAACUUCCGGAUUUCCUGGGCGGAAGUUGUUCAUGCCCAAAUAAUGGAGGAUGUCUUAGAUCUAACAAGGGACCUUGGAGCGAUCCUGACAUUAUGAAAUUGUUAUAUUCUAGAGAAGCAAUGAAGCUAACAAAAUUUGGAAGUUCUUCUGCUGAUAAAUUAGAUGUCAAGUCAUAUGCCAGCAAGGUUAGAAGCACUGAAAUAUCUGAAACUGGAUCAGCAUCAGAAGCAAGAUUGAGUCCUUCAGCCUUCGUGCAAUCAGUUACUUCUAGUGAGAAAAAAUGGAUAAGAGACCGUGCACCUAUCUGCAACCUAGUUGAGCCAGACCCAGUCAAUGCUGUCAGAGAAGUUGGGGAUGUUGAUUCAACAAGUGAUUCAAGCAACAAUUAUCCGAGAAGAUCACGGAAGAAGCUAAUUCCCUGUAUCACAAGUAUUUGGGAUCAAAUCAUAGUCAAAGUGUUAGCUUGUAUAUAUGUAGUAUUUGCAUCCUUGGGGAAAUUUUUUGUGGAUCGUCUUGCAGACAAACAACGAGGAAGCCAUCAGAAAACCCAGUUAGUGGAAACUAGUUCUCCGGAACAAUUAAGCACUCCAGCAAUAAAAGAGCCACUUUGGCAGAGGUUGCGGAAUUUAGAGGCAGUAGUAACUGAGAUGGCCAAUAAACCAAGAACAAUUCCUCCGGAGAAAGAGGAUAUUCUUCAAGAGUCAUUGAGUCGUAUAAAAUCUAUUGAAUAUGACUUGCAAAAGACAAAGAAGGCACUGCUUGCAACUGCAUCAAAGCAAGUUGAGCUUGCUGAGUCACUGGAAAGCUUAAAGGAGAGCAGAUUUGAUGGGACAAACUCAUGUUGGCCAAAAAAUAGUAAAUGUUAUGCUCCAGGAAGAUGAGUACCCCUUUUCAGCAGCACUUUGCAAAGAUUGCUAGUCCAUUGUUUUUGAUACUCUACAGUUGAAUUACUACAAGACAUACAGGAAAUACUUUUAUAGGUUUGAGGAAUCGGUGGUGGGGAGUAGAUACACCCAAUCUAUACAAUGCAGCAAGAAGUUUUUAUAUGAAGGUCAUGGACUCCGAGUUCUUCCUUUUCAGUAGAUAUAACUGAGUGUGUUAACACAUUAUUUUUCUUAUUGGCUUUUCUGUACAGUGUAUACAGAUACAAAAUAUGCUAUUCACAAUCAGAUGUAUUUAUUUUAAUACCAGUAGCAUUUGUGCACAACGGGGAACAUUUUCUGUGACAUAUUGUAAG